AUGAGUCCAUCGCUGUUCAGCAACGAAUACUCACGAGGCCCACUCUACCAGUACUGGAAAGAGCGUGGCGAGGAAGAGAAAGGCCUGCGCGACCAACGGGUCCAAGAAGCCAACCUGCGCAGCAAGGGUGUACGACCUUUGAACCCGACCUACGGCCCAUCCAGCAACGAGCAAUACACGAGUCGCGCGACCAGCGGGCCUCCUGCAUAUCGUCCCGACGAUGUCGGUUCUCCCGUGCCCAUCACUUCUGAUCCUAGAUACAGAGUUGGGGAUGAAUCUUUUUCGAGCACGGUUAGCUCCAGAGCGCCGCCGUCGGAGCCGGAAUCGUUGCCAUCGUACGGCACGGCAACGACUGGCUUGGCGGGUUCACCUCAACAGACGCAUCCCUCAUCUACGAGCAAAUACCUGUCUCUAUCCGCGGAUGAGCAGAAGACCAGACUUCACCAGCUCGAAGUCCAGAGGCGACAACAGAUCGCCGCUGCCGACGACGCCGCCGCGCAGACUCUGAGCAUCGAAGAGGUCGAGUCGGACUCGACGUCCCUGAGUGAAGAACCGGUGCAGGGCCGGGGAACUGCGGAUGGGAAACAGCCCAAAAGAAGAAAGAGCACGGCCGGCAAGAUUGGCCAAUGGCUGGCCGACGCUGCGUGCGGCUAUACCAAGAAACAGGAACGCUGGUGA